GGAGUUCAGCGCGUUGUCUGUCUGGGCUUCUGUGUUGCGAUGUUAGCGCAUCUGAAGUUGAGCAGACGCUGAACUCUCCGCCCCAAAGUGCCUUCUUAAGAUAACGAGUUGGUGAAAACUUCAGCAUCUUAGAUCCUAUAGUUUCAUCUGGUAUGAAAACUAUGCAUGAAGUGGGCUGGAUUCCCCUCAGAGCCUUUGACAAGUGGACAGACAAGAACGGCAGAAUUUACAGAAGACAACAGGAGCCAGCGGAGUUUGUGUCACCUGUUGAACCAGUCGCAUCCAGCUGCCAUCAUCAUGUCGGCGGAGCCAGACUCGGACGCUGCAAAGCUUGUUAAUCCUCCGCCUCCCGAGGUGACCAACCCCAGCAGACCAGGCCGGAGGACCAACCAGCUGAAGUUCAUGCAGAAUGUGGUGAUCAAAUCCCUGUGGAAGCACCAGUUCGCCUGGCCCUUUUAUCAGCCUGUUGAUGCAGUCGCUCUGGGAUUAUCAGAUUAUCAUAAGAUAAUAACCUCGCCCAUGGACUUGGGAACCAUCAAGAAACGACUAGAGAACAACUACUAUUGGAGUGCAAGUGAAUGUAUGCAAGACUUCAACACCAUGUUCACCAACUGCUACAUAUAUAACAAGCCUACAGAUGACAUAGUGCUGAUGGCCCUCGCCUUGGAAAAGGUUUUCUUGCAAAAAGUUGCCCAGAUGGCACGGGAGGAAGUAGAGGUCAUUCCUCAGAUUGCCAAAGGAAAGGGCAAAAAAAGUAGUUCUCCAGGAGGGCAGAAUCCAACUGCAACCACAUGUUCAUCAGCUACAACACCCACAUCUGAGUCUAGCCUCAGCUACGCUUCUUCCAGCCCAUCCUCAGUGCCCAGAACAUCACAGUCCUCCCCAAAAAAGACAGGGCUGAAGCGGAAAUCGGGCGCCACCACCGAUUCGUCCUCCACAGCCAUAAGCGGUUUGAGUGAGUUAUCAGAAAGACGAAUGAGACGUAGAACCUCACAAGAUGGCCGACCAAACGAACAGCUCAAGUUUUGCAAUGAUAUUCUGAAAGAGAUGCUGUCUAAGAAGCACGUAGCCUACGCCUGGCCUUUCUACAAGCCAGUUGAUGCUGUGGCUCUGCAGCUGCACGAUUACCAUGACAUCAUCAAGUAUCCCAUGGAUCUCAGCACUGUCAAAAAAAAGAUGGAUAGAGGAGAGUACCAAGAUGCACAAGGCUUCGCUGCAGAUAUCAGGUUAAUUUUUUCCAACUGUUACAAAUACAACCCUCCUCAUCAUGAUGUCAAUGCUCUGGCCAGAAAACUCCAGAGUGUGUUCGAGCAGAGGUUUGCACAGAUGCCAGAGGAGACAGUGGAGAUGAUUUCACCAAUGAGUGGCACGUCUGCUAAGAGUUCAGGUUUUGGUGGGUUUGGUUCCAACAGCUCGGCAAAGUUCAGCAGGUCAGACUCAACAGAGGAGCGUGCCACCCGACUUGCUGAGUUGCAAGAACAGGUGGGUGCAGAACAGCUUAAAGCUGUUCACGAGCAACUCACUGCCCUCUCUGAAGUCCCCAUGAUGAAGUCAAAGAAGAAAGAGGAGAAGAAAGAGGACGGCAGACAAAGUAAAGGUGGUACAUAUUCCAGAUCCAGGCAGCCGUGGAAGAGAAGCAAAAAGUGGGAUUCAGAUGAUGAAUCUCUGCCGAUGACGUACGACGAGAAGCAACAGCUGAGCCUGGACAUCAACAGACUACCUGGCAUGAAGCUGGGCCGUGUGGUGCACAUCAUUCAAUCAUUAGAGCCCUCAACGUGUGACAGCAACCCAGAUGAGGUCGAGAUCGACUUUGAGAUACUGAAGCCAUCCACUCUGCGUGCGCUGGAGCACUACGUGAAGUCCUGUCUGUAUAAGAAGUUUAAGAAAUUUCAAAAGAAAAAUGGUCAAGCUGCAUCUCAUCACAACGGCUGUAGCAGCUCUUCAGACUCUGCCACUAGCAGCUCCAGUGACUCCAGUUCAGAAAACAGUGAAUCAUGACAACACUAAUAUUUUUUAUUUAUUCCUUUUCUUGUUACAAAGAAAUAGUUCCUCAAACAUUGUUUAUUUUUGUAUUUGUUAUUUGUUCUAUGGUUAAAAUAAAGCUUCCCACACACUGA